GCUAAGAAAUGCUUUAAAAAGUGUAAUUGUAAAUCUUUUUUCAACAAACCAAAAUCUUUCCACCUGCCUUGCCCUGGGUGGCUGCAGAUUUUUUGCCCAUAGAUAGCUUAAAACCAGAGGAAUGUAAAGCACACAAUAUGUUUUCUUUUUGUAAUUUGGGUGAAUUAACCCUUUAAAAUCAUUAUUAUUUCAAUACUGUCUGCUAGAUGUAGAGCUCUGAUUCAAGCUGCACCUUCACCUUUAGUCGAGUUUGUGUUUUGUUUUUGGCAAACUUUAUUUGCAAUGCAUAUACCUUGGGGUGUGUCCUGACUACAGUCAGAGCUUUUGCACCAGUAUCCACCUGAAUGCAUCUUUUGGAUACACACGGGAAGGAGAACUAGUCAAUCGUUAUGACCAUGGUGGUUAUAUAUCAAUUAUAGCAAAGAAAAAAUCAGUCUUAAAAAAGGACAAAAUGAUUAAGAAAAGACACUUUCUGGAGCCUCCAGAGGUCAAAGACUACCUGGUGAAAGGAGAAAGAUUCAUCAAGUGGUCGGAGGACUCCACAAAGACUGCUCCUGUCACCAUGAAGAUGGAUCCCAAAGGUUUUUAUGUUUACUGGAUCAACCAAAGCAAGGAGACAACGUUCCUGGAUGUUGCUACUAUCAGAGAUACCAGAACAGGAAAAUAUGCAAAACUUCCAAAACACACUAAAGUUCGCAACGUGUUCAAUAUGGACUUCCCAGACAGCAACCAUCUCGCCAAAACUCUGACCAUCGUCUCCGGUCCCGACACAGUAAAUCUGACCUAUCAUAACUUCUUUGCUUCAAAGGAGAGAUUGACACAGAACUGGGCCAAUGACAUCCUUGCGAUCGCCUACAACCCUGCAAGAAACAAUGCAUGCAGACAGGUCUUCCUGGAGAAAUUGUAUGUCCGCAUUUCUCUUCACACCAACAAGGACGGCAAGAUCCCGGUGAAAAAUAUUUACAAGAUGUUCCCAGCAGAUAAGAAGAGGGUGGAAAGUGCCUUAGCAUCAGCACACCUCCCCAAAGGAAAGUAUGACACCAUUAAGCCUGACGUCUUUACUGAGUCUGCCUUCAAGUCCUUUCUGACAAACCUCUGCCCUCGGCCUGAGAUCUAUGAGAUCUUCACUUCUUACUCCAACAAACCCACCAUGACGAAGGACAAUUUCACCAAGUUCCUCAACGAGAAACAGAGGGACUCUCGGCUCAACGAGGAGCUGUUUCCACGUCCGCGGCAGGACCAGGUCAAAGCUCUGAUGGACAAAUAUGAACCCUGCUCCGCGAAUACAAACAGAAGUCUGAUUUCUCCAGAGGGGCUCUUGUUCUUCUUGAUGGGUCCGGAGACAUCAGUUGUCAUGCAGGACACGCUAGCCAAGUGUCAGGACAUGGCCCAACCCAUACCCCAUUACUUCAUCAAGUCCUCCCACAACACAUACCUGACAGCCGGUCAGUUCUCUGGCGUGUCCUCUCCAGAGAUGUACCGUCAGUGUCUGCUGUCCGGCUGCCGCUGUCUGGAGCUGGACUGCUGGAAGGGAAAACCUCCAGAUGAAGAGCCCAUCAUUACUCAUGGCUUUACAAUGACAACUGAGAUCCUCUUCAAGGAUGUGAUCGAGGCCAUCGCUGAGAGCGCCUUCAAGACCUCACAGUAUCCCGUCAUCCUCUCAUUCGAGAACCACGUUGACUCAGUGAAACAGCAGGAGAAGAUGGCCAACUACUGCAAAACCAUAUUUGGCGAUGCCCUGCUGACAGAUCCGCUGGACAAUUACCCUCUGAAGCCGGGCCAGCAGAUUCCCAGCCCAUCUGAGCUCAUGGGUAAGAUCCUCAUUAAGAACAAGAAGGGCAGCCAUGAAAAGCCUGCCCAGACUAAGAAAACCGCCGCAGCCACUGACCAGACCCCAACCGCAGCUGCACCCACCCAGGAUCCAAAUGUCACUUCCCAGGAUCCUGUCAACCCAGCACCCAGCACCCAGGAGAACCAAGAGGGGGACACAGCUGUGGAAGACACUGAGGAGACAGAGGAGACAGACGAACAGGAUGAGGAGAAAAUGAAGACGUCAGAUGAGGGCACAGCUGGACAAGAAGUCACAGCCUACGAGGCGAUGUCAUCCCUGGUCAACUACAUCCAGCCUAACAAAUUCAUCUCUUUUGACAAUGCCAGAAAGAAAAACAAGAGUUACAUCAUCUCAUCUUUUGUGGAGACCAAAGGCGAAGCAAUGAUUUCCAAGACUGCUAUUGAAUUCGUCGAAUACAAUAAAAGGCAAAUGAGCAGGAUUUAUCCCAAAGGAACAAGAAUGGAUUCAUCCAAUUACAGCCCCCAGCCUUUUUGGAAUGUAGGCUGCCAGAUGGUGGCGCUCAACUACCAGACAAUGGAUUUCCCCAUGCAGCUGAACAUGGCUCUGUUUGAAUUCAAUGGCAGAACAGGCUACCUGCUCAAGCAUGAUGUCCUGCGUCGCAGUGACAAGAAAUUUGACCCUUUCUGCGACAGGAUUGACACCGUUGUGGCAAGCACACUGACCAUAAAGAUCUAUUCGGGUCAGUUUCUGUCUGACAAGAACGUGAAAACAGGAGUCGAGGUGGAGGUGAUCGGGCUGCCAGGAGACCCCAAGAAGAAAUAUCGCACUAAGUGGACAACCACACCCAACGCCAUCAACCCAGUGUGGAAUGAGGAGCCUUUUGUUUUUGAGAAGAUCCUGCUCCCAGAAAUGGCCUCUCUAAGAAUUAUAGUCCAUGAAGAGAACGGAAAAUUCUUAGGACACAGGAUCAUCCCACUUAAUGCCAUCCAAUCAGGUUUCCAUCACAUCUGCCUGCGCAGUGAAAGCAACAUGCCGCUCACUCUGCCUGCUCUCUUUGUGUACAUCGAGGUCAAGGACUACAUCCCUGCUGCCUUUGCAGAUUUCACAGAUGCCUUAUUUAACCCAACAAAGGGAACGGAGAAGACAGCAAAAGCCCCAAAGGAGUCAUCCUCUGACUACAUUUCUCCCUAUGAGUUGCCUCUUGUGGUCCAAACCCCCACGGACAAAGCUAAGGAGAGUGAGGCCCCUGCUGCAGAAAAUGCCGCACCUGAACCUACACCACCAGUUGACACCAGUGACCAACCACCACAGUCCCUACCAGAGGAAAGUGCUGAAGAAGCUGAAGAAGAGAGUGAAAACAAGUCAGAUGCUCCACAACCUGAAGCAGAACCUCCUCAAACUCCUGACAACACUCCUCCUGAAGAUACAACCCAGGACACACCUGAAACCCUUUCUGAACCCUCUCCUUCCCCAGAGGAGGCAGCCCCUGAGGAUGAAGCAAAGCCAGAGGCAGCUCCUGAAACCAAAGAAGAGCCUGUGGAUAGCUCCAGUACAGACCCUGAGCCUGCUUCAGAUGAUAAACCAGGUACAAAAGAUGCCAGUGCUGCUGAAGAACCUGCUGCUGAAGAGCCUUCUGCUGUAGCCUUGCCCUGUGCAGAAAGUGCAUCGCCCGAGUUAGCAGAAUCAGAGCCUUUGACUGUGACCGCUGAGGAACUGACACAGCACAAGAACUAUCUGAAGGUCAUCAAGCGCCAGGAGAAAGACAUGAAAGAAGCAGAAAAGAAGUAUCAGAAAAAGGGAGAGGAUCUGAUUCAGAAAUACUCUGAUUCCUUCAAGGCCAUCAAGAAGAAGGGCUCGGUGAAGAAAAAAGAGGGAGGGGGGAACACCUCUGACUCCAGUGUGAAGACAGAGCAGGUGCAGGAGCAGAAGGAAAAAAUGCAGGCUGAGCUGCAGGCUCUGUGGACAGAGCAGUGUGAUCAGCUGAAGAAGAAGAAGGAGCAGUUUGCUACAGAGAGACUGGCCAAACUGUUGGAGAUGGCCACAGAGAGACACAUCAUUGAACUGAAGACCCUGGAGAGUGAAACCAAAGAGAAUAAGAAGAAAUCACUCAAAUGUUCGUCCUCAGAGAAAGCAAAGUUGAAAAAGUCAAUGAGCACAGAGGUGCUGGAUGAGCCCAGUCAGUCAGAUGGUGUGUCUUCAGAUUACAGCCCUCAGCAAGCGGCUCUGAUGAAGAAACAGGCUGCUACACUGGAGGAAAUCAAGACCCUGACUAACCAGCUCAAUCAGGAGGCCUUGAAAGAGCACGAUCAGAAAUUGAGGUCUCUGCCUGCAGAAGUGAAGGCGGCUGUCAACGUCUGUGUUGGUGCACACUUUCCUGAACAGGUUGACCAGAUUGGAGACAAGAAGGUGGAGGGUGUAGGCUUCUAUGGAGAUGUCUUCCUGGGUUAGAUGUGCCUUUUGAUCCCAGACCCUUCAGUGUAACCAUCGACUAACUUUUAAAAAAACAUUUUUAUUAACUCUUGCAUCUUCUUUGUAGCAUUUUGCAUAACCUACAGUCUGUGCAGAACCAUUGAAUAGUAGAAGAUUAAAUGUUCUCUGUGUGAAAUAUCAAUUUAGAAAGGCUAUUCAUAGAAGAGCUCUUUUGGGAGUCAUUAAGCUGUAAUGAUGUUUUUGUGGAUGUCCUGUAGGCCAAAAGUUUGAUCAACUGGAAAUUAUUUUUCUUUCUUUCGUUCUUUCUUUCUUUCUUUCUUUCUUUCUUUCUUUCUUUCUUUCUUAACAAAUAUCUUCCAGAUGGAAACCCAUAACUAAAAGCUUUAGUUUGACACUCACAGUCUCUUUCUGUAAUCUUAAUGAGUUCAGAAAUAGGAAUAAAUGUUGCAAGAAAAAUUGGGUAAUCAGAGUCUGCAGGCUGAAUUGAGACAAUGACUCCAUCUGUCACACUUCAGCACAUGGUGUGUGAUACCCUGAAGUCGCAGCAAAGCAUUCACUUUUAAGAUUCAGUUGCAAUUAAAUACAGUAAAUCCUCAAUAUUAUUCUACAAUACAUAAUUUUCUUGUAAUGAAUAGUUCUUAAUAAAUGAUCUUUUCCA